UUGGAUUCCUUGGUGGUUGAUACCUCUCACCUACUAGUUUUCUUUGAACUUAUUUGAAGCUAGAUGAGGAACCCCCAUCUGUUCUAAUCAUGACUACCACAAGCCUCAAAAGAAAAAGAAUCGAAGGAAAUCCUUCCUGAAGACAAUUUUUUAUUCAACUCUCUUUAGCAUCAGGCCCUGAGCAUCUGAUUGUUAUAAUUGCUGCCAUUAUGACCUUCAUGAUUAACAAAACCUCGCUCUAUCUUUACAGUCACUAUAUAAGAAUUAAGAUGCAAAUUGACUAAACACUUAGCACAACCAUUUUUAAGGAUGCUGAAGAGAGGUUCCAUGACCAUAUCAAUGUUUCCAAAUUCAACAGUGCUGGUUGGGUGGUGCCCGGGGCGGAGGCGGCUGCGGAGGAGGAGGGGAAGCACCAUACGGCUGGGGAAUAAGGCUAAGCGGCGAGGGUUCUGCCUAGGGUCACGUCCAGUUGUUCAAUGGGGGGUCAUGGUAGGUCCUCUGAGAAUGCUGAAGAAGAUCAUCGUGGAAAUCACGCCCAAGGGAAAGUGGAUACAGGCUUAUUAUAUGUACUUGCCCUUCUUACGCCCUCAAUUAUUUCCCUUAUGUUGA